AUGUCAGAGAUAGAACCAAAGAGGAUAAUCUACUGUGGCGUAUGCUCGUACCCACCCGAAUUCUGUGAAUUUGGCAUCUCGUUAACCAAAUGCCAACAAUGGCUCCAUUCCAAACAUCCAGAAAUCUACGCCAGUCUCUACCCCGACAUCGCGCCUGCUGGAUCAUCAUCAUCCGAAACUGCCGCAGCAUCAGGAGACCAACCAGUAUCCACAUUGGCUGCUGCUACAUCCUCGCUCUCAAUCGAUCAAAACAACAAGAUCCAACAGGAUUUAGCCAAGAAGCAACACCGUGAAGAAAUCAAACAGCAAAAGGAGCUCGCCAAGAAACUAAGCUCCAAAAUCACCAUCAAGCGUAUUGAGAGAAACAAGAGGAAACAUAUUAUAAGUAUAUCCGGGUUGGAAGUGUUUAACAUCGACUCGAAAAAGUUGGCAAAGACAUUUGCGUCCAAGUUCGCCACGGGGGCUAGUGUCACCAAAAAUGCCGAGAAGAUGGAUGAGAUUUUGGUCCAGGGUGAUGUGAGCGAUGAAGCGAAGCUUUAUAUCGAGGGGUUGUUGAAGGAACAAGGGUUGGAGAAUGUCAAGGUUGAGCAAGUUGAUGAUAAGAAGAAGAUCAAGAAGGCUGCUGCUGCUGCUGCCGCUGCUGCUGGGGGUAGUGGAGAUAAGGGUGGUAAGUAG